AUGGUGCUGUUUUGGUGGCACGAGGGGAGCAUACACAAUAUUAGGCAGGUGGUUUUAAUGUUGUGGCUGUUCGGUGUGUAUACAUAUCUAUCUAUCUAUCUAAAUAUAUAUAUAUUGGUAUAUAUAUAUAUUAGAUAGAUAAACAACAGGUUUCCAUUGUGACAACAUAGUGUGACAAAAUUGGCCCAAUGUAUCUUUUUAUUUUUUUUGGCCAAUAAUAGUAGAAAUGUUAAUUUUUUUUAUUUGAUCUUUUUUGGUUUGUUUGUUAGGACUUCAAGGUCUGUGUAUAUACAGAAAUACAUGUUUUUACAGAAAUAGACAAAAUAUCCUUAUCCUGAAAAACAUUCACUGGAGUAAAAAGUGUGACAAUUAGCCCUGGUGUCCCCUAAUGUAUUCUUCAGUAUAUAUGCAUGUUCUGUUAAAUACUAACAUUAAAAUGAUCAAACACUUUUUACUGACAGCUCAGUGUACAGUGCACCAUGGUCAUUUUUUUCUUCAAGAAUGUGACUAACAUUUUAGGUGCUGCCAGUGUACUGACAUUUGCAGCGUGGUUUCAUGUGAUCAUACAGAAAUCUAGCUGAUAUUUCAAUAUCAAUAUAUAAUACAGAAAUGGUGCUUAAAUAGUUGGUGGUUUUGUGAAGAGUAAAAAAAAAAUGUUUCUAAGGACAUGCAAUGUGUCUUUAUGAAGAUAUUUGAUUAGUCCUCAUGAAUAAUUAAACAGCUGGCAGUGCCACCAUUUUUUUUUUUUUUUUUUUACUUAAAUAGUUAUACAAAGAAAACUCCAACAACAACACAAAUAAAACUGACUUGACUUAUCAGCUUGGUUGAAAUGCAGUACUCUCCUCUACAAACCACAGACUGGGUGUCUGGAAUAUAUUUCUAACUAUGUCACCCUCAACCUUCAAGUAUGAUUUUCAGAUGUGUGUAGUUGUAAUCUUGUGUUUUCUGGAAGCUGGUUCAGCUAUGCUUCGUCUGGUGAGGAGCCAUGGCAGAGGGUUUAGGGGCUGUGUGUGCUUUCAAAGGAGGUAUAACCAUCAUCAGGAACCUCACAAGAGCAUCAUAGCCAUCCGACGAGAGGAUGUGAAUGUGUGGGAGAGGCGUGCACCCCUUGCACCACGUCACGUGAAGGAGAUAACAGCAGCUGGGCACAAAGUGAUGGUACAACCCUCCAACAGACGAGCCAUCCAUGACAGAUACUAUGAAAAAGCAGGUGCUGUUAUCCAGGAGGACAUCUCAGAGGCAUCCCUCAUCAUUGGUGUGAAAAGGCCCCCAGAGGAGAAGAUCUACCCCCACAAGACAUAUGCCUUCUUCUCACACACAAUUAAAGCACAAGAGGCAAACAUGGGGCUUCUUGAUGACCUUCUUAAAAAGGAAGUACGUCUCAUUGAUUAUGAGAAAAUGGUGGAUGCCAAUGGUUUCAGAAUUGUGGCGUUUGGACAGUGGGCUGGUGUUGCCGGGAUGAUUAACAUUUUACAUGGUCUGGGCCUUCGUUUCCUUGCUCUUGGACACCACACACCAUUUAUGCACAUUGGCAUGGCACACAACUACAGAAAUGUCAGCCAGGCCAUUCAGGCAGUAAGGGAUUGUGGGUAUGAAAUAUCCUUAGGUCUGAUGCCUAAGUCCAUAGGUCCUCUCACGUUUGUGUUCACUGGCACUGGCAAUGUGUCUAAGGGUGCCCAAGAAAUUUUCAGUGAGCUCCCCUGUGAAUAUGUGGAACCACAUGAACUGAAAGAAGUUUCGGAGAGUGGAGACAUGACCAAAGUGUACGCUACAGUGAUCAGCAGACAUCACCACCUGAUAAGAAAGAGUGAUGGACUGUAUGACCCCCUGGAGUAUGAGAACCAUCCUGAGCUUUACACGUCAAACUUCAGAAAGACUGUGGCCCCUUACACAACCUGUCUGAUAAAUGGCAUAUAUUGGGACCCUCACACACCCAGACUGCUCAGGCGACUGGACGCCCAGCGACUCAUUAGACCUGUUAUACCUGCGUCAUCAUCACCUGAUCUUGGCUGCCCUGCUCUUCCCCACAAGCUUUUGGCUAUUUGCGACAUCUCUGCUGACACUGGUGGCUCCAUUGAGUUCAUGACAGAGUGCACCACUAUUGAGAAACCUUUCUGUAUGUAUGAUGCCAACCAGCAUAUCGAUCAUGACAGUGUGGAAGGUAAUGGCAUUCUAAUGUGCUCUAUUGAUAACCUACCUGCCCAGCUCCCCAUUGAAGCCACUGAGUAUUUUGGGGACCGACUGUUUCCUUAUAUCUGGGAGAUGCUGCCAUCAGAUGCCACCCGAUUGCUAGAAGAAGAGGACUUCUCUCCGCAAGUCAGAGAAGCUGUAAUUACUUCCAACGGGAAGUUGACACCUAAGUUUGAAUACAUUCAGAAACUCAGAGAAAGGAGGGAGUCCGAGCAGAUCCUAAAGAAAACCGGAAUGAAGCGGGUGCUUUUGCUGGGCUCAGGCUAUGUGUCUGGGCCAGUUAUCGAGUAUCUCACGAGGGACGCUGGCAUUCAAGUCACAGUGGCAUCAAAUCUGUUGCAUCAGGCUGAGGAAAUGGCAGUCAAGUACCCCAACACCAUCGCAGUUAUGGUGGACAUCACUAGCCAAGAGGGUCAUUUUGAUGCUCUGAUCAAAGACCACGACAUCGUCAUCAGCAUGUUGCCGUAUGCGUUUCAUCCACAAGUAGCCAAACACUGUAUCAAAAUGAAGGUCAACAUGGUGACAGCCAGUUACUUGAGUCCCGCCAUGAAGGAACUUCAGAGGAGUGCCGAGGAGGCUGGCAUCAUCAUCGUCAAUGAGAUGGGUCUGGACCCUGGCAUUGAUCACAUGUUGGCCAUGGAGUGCAUCGACCAGGCCAAGGCAGACGGUUGCACUGUGGAGUCUUACAGCUCUUUUUGUGGAGGUCUUCCAGCUCCAGAGUUCUCAGACAAUCCACUGCGUUACAAGUUUAGUUGGAGUCCAUAUGGUGUCCUGCUCAACACCAUCAGCCCAACCAUAUAUCUAAAGGACAACCAGAUUGUUAGUGUUCCACCUGGUGGUGCUCUCUUGGACGUCACAAAGCCUAUGGACUUCCUGCCUGGAUUCAACCUGGAGGGCUUCCCCAACCGAGACAGCACCAAGUACGCCGAGCCGUAUGGCAUUGAGUCCGCACACACACUGAUCAGAGGAACUCUACGCUUCAAGGGCUUCUCCUCUGCAAUGAGUGGCUUUGUAAAACUGGGAUUGAUCAACACUAAGCCGUGUCCUCUUUUGGAUCAUACAGCUUCUCCUGUUUCAUGGAAAGAGCUGCUGUGUAAGCAGAUUGGAUUGCCCACAACUGUGAGCUGCAGUGUUUUUGAGGACGCCAUUUAUGAGCGGAUAGGCAAGGACGACUUCAGAAUGCAAAGUCUCAGAUGCCUCGGGAUGCUCAGCGAGGAGCCGGUACCCCAUGCUGACAACAUUCUAGCAGCGGUCGCCAAGCACCUGGAGGCAAAACUGUCCUUUGCUAAGGGUGAGCGAGAUAUGAUUAUUAUGAGGAACGAUGUCGGGAUCAGACACCCUACAGGCGAGCUGGAGACCAAACACAUCAGCCUGGUAGUCUAUGGGGAUCCCAAUGGAUAUUCAGCCAUGGCCAAAACUGUGGGCUACCCAGCAGCGAUUGCAGCCCGUAUGGUACUCAAUGGUGAACUUACCACUAAAGGACUUGUGGUUCCAAUGACGAAGAACAUUUACAGUCCAGUACUGAAGAGACUGCAGGAAGAGGGUCUUCAAUAUAUCACCAAGAGCACUGUAUCAGAAUAACCCGUCAUCUGGUUUCAAGCAUGGAUCACACAAAGAUCUCAAAAAGCUGAUACAAAGAAAUUUUGCUAAUAUAUGUGCCACAGAUGGUAACAGUAUAAAUAUUCAUGAAACGCCAAUUACCACAAUAACGUUCUCUGAUUUUGUAAUGAACAAUUUUGAAAAAUUCUCCUUUCUGGAGGCAGGGAAGUUAAGGAUGGUGGAAUUAAGUAAUCUAAUGGAUAAUGGUUCUUUUUUUUCUUUUCUUUUUUUUUUUUUUUUUUAAACUUGAAACUGAAAGUAGACUUGGAUACACUGUGAAGGUGGAAGAUUGUUGUAGACAAUUGUAUUGAAUGACAAUGAUCAUUCAUUUUAUCAAUGUCAUCAUAAAUGGGAGUGUUAUACUGAGUUGCAGCAGUGUAAAUAUUUCUACAAAGCACUUUGACAGUGUUGCUGCAGAGUUUUGGAAAUCAAAUUCAAGACAUUUUUCAAGACCUGAACAAAUAAAAUUAAUACUGUAUCCCCAUACCAGAACAAACCCAAACAGUCUCAAAAUAAACAUGUAUCACAGACUCUUAUUUAAACAAGCAGGGGCACACAUUCAACAUAACCUUAACAUUACUUAUAAGUAAAACAGGGUAGGCUAUAUGCAAAUUUGAAAUACUCUAGACAUGUUUUCCACAUAUAUAUCACAUUAAAAUUCUAGGGAUGUCCCGAUACCAUUUUUUAAAUGUUUUUUUUUUUUUUUUGAGAAUGAGUAUGAGAACCAAUACUUCAUUUUUGGUACUUGCGAUACCGAGUCCGAUACCUGUUUAUAUAUAUAUAUAUAUAUAUAUAUAUACAGAACCCACAGCACAGUCCAAAAUAUAAUUAUUUUUAUAAAUAAAAUUAUUUAUGAAAUAAAGUGCUGCAUAACAGGGCAUCACAGAUGUGAGAUAUUGCUUAAUUAUAAUACAAUUACUAUGGAUUUAUUAGUAGUAGUAGUAUUACAGUGAAUAUUACAUACAUUUACAGUAGUGAUAUAUUUCUGUCAUACUUUUUUCCAAUGACAGAGCUUUUAUUUUGAAGUGUUACUUUUUUGUUUUGACCAAGGAGCUCUGACGUUAUGACGGCAGCUUCACACUCUGGAAAAGUCGGUAUGUGACUCAAAGUGAUUAUUAAACCGCAAAAGGCUGCUAUUUCAUUAAAUAAGUAUGUACUCUGUAUGUGCCUCGUGCUACAACGUGAAUUUGCACUUUUUUCUGUCAUCUGCUAUAAACAGAGCGCAUAGUGCUCAUGAGAGUGUUUUCCCUGUAUGAGCCGAGGAGCUUUAAAAAGGUAUGAGCAGCCGGCAUCAGCACAACACUGUCUCCGCACAUUGGGUGCAACCAAAAAAAAAAGAUAUGAUUCAUGGCGCAGAUCUUUUAACUUUAAAGGCUGAAAACCAAUGGGGACUCUUAUUUUGGAAUGUAUGCGCUUCACUUUUUCCAGCUGCUCAUUCAAACAGAAAAGGGAAAUAAAAGGUCAUAUCACUAUUCCUGUCUUUCCACCCCCAAAUUUAAGACCACUUUAAAUGAUAAUUAAGAAUUUUGUUGUAUCAUUUAAGAUAUUUAAGACUUUUUAUGACCUUAAAUUUUGGGAAACUGAAUUUCAGACUUUUUAAGGAUCCGCGGGAACCCUGUUUGACAUUGUCUGGAUGGAACUGUCCAUUUUUGCUGCAAUUUUUAUCGCCCUUAUCAUACUGAACGGGUUAAAAUUCAAGUAUCUGUCUGAAUUAGAGUUCUAAAUAAGCAAUAGCAUCGUUAGAUCAGUUCCAUUUUAACGGUUCGUUUUUAAAUUAGCUAAAUAAUGGCUAAAAUCGUUUUUUUAGGUUGGAAGUUUCCCAUUAGGCACCAUCUCUAACAAUGAAUAUUUCUUGUGAAACCUGCAAUUGUACUGGAUUAAUUUUAAAUCAAUUGUCUUGGGUCUUUCCACAUUUAGACACAUACAAACCUCCACUGCAAUGUGAGGCAAAGCUCCUUUUUUUGGACACCUUUCAUCACAUUUUUAAGAAUAGUAUGUCCAGAGAGGUUUAUUUUUCAAAGUAAUAUUUGUCCAAACAUUUGCAUUUUCUUGACAUUAUGGUUUCAUAUGUUGUGUUUUUCUUCAAUAAAGAUAUGUAGAAUGUU